AUGGUUAACCAGUGGUACAGGCAGACGGAGACGGGGGCCCCACCGGCCCACGACACCCUAGAAGCGCAGCUGGCUGCCAGCAGCAGCAGCAGCAACAGCAGCAACAGCAGCAGCAGCAGCAGCAGCAGUAAUAGAAACAGCAGCAAGAAACCAAACAUCUCUGCUGCUGCUGGUUUCUGCUUAGGGAGUACACACAAACUACUCUUUUGUCUUCUGCUGUUAUGUGUCUUGCUUCCUAACUCCCUCCCCUGUAUAUUAGCAAUUAGCGAUCAGCAGCAGCAGCAGCAGCAGCAGCAACAGCUCAACGAGCAGCAGCAGCAGCUAGAGGAGGAGAAGCAGCAGUUACUACGACUGCAACAGCAUCUGCUGACGCUGAAAGAGCAGCAGGAGGCGCUGCUGGGGCUGCUGCAGCAGCAAGACCCUCUCAACCCGCAUCUUGGAGUGCAGCAGCUGCUGCAGCAGAUCGAGCAGCAGCAGCAGCAGCAGCAACUCCUCACAGAGCUACAAGAGGGCCUAGAGCGGUUGGACGGGGUCCAGCAGCAGCGCGACCUGCUGCUUCAACUGCAGCAACAGCAGCAGCAGCAGCAGCAGCAGCAGCAGCAGCAGCAGCAGCAGCAGAAGACGAGGAAGAUGUAUUCAAAUGAAGAAGCACUGAGCGUCAUGCCGAGUGCAAAGGCUCUUGAUGGUCUCUCUAACCAUACAGCGAACGCUGCCGAGGAGUCAGCUGUUAUUAAAGCAGAUGAAGAAAUGUGUGCAUGGAUGUUUGACACCCUCAUCUCCCACUUCGAGGUGUUGCAGGAGGACGAAAGUAUAUCUGCUGCUCCUCCUCCUUCUGUUUUAUCUCUGCACAAUCGGGGUGUACGUACACCUGCCUUCGUUACGUGGAUGAAGCAGAAGAGCAGCAAUAAAAAAAAUAAAGAAGAUGAGUUUGAGCUGAGAGGCUGCAUAGGCUCUUUAAAACCCAUUCCUAUCAUGAAACUCAAGGACUACGCAUUAAUCAGCGCUCUGCAGGACUCGCGCUUCAGCCCAAUUACUAAAGAAGAAAUACCGCAAUUAAAAUGCCACGUCUCCCUGCUCCACAGCUUCGAGCGAGCAAAGGAUGUGUACGACUGGGAAAUUGGAGUGCAUGGGAUUAUCAUCACCUUCACCGCUCCCAGCAAAACGGGAAAAAGAAAGUUUGAGGCCACCUACUUGCCGGAGGUGGCGGCGGAGACAGGGAUGACUAAAGACGAAACAAUUGCUUCCUUGGUGAGGAAGGCGGGGUAUACAGCAGGGCCUGUAGAUGCUGCUCUUCUGGAUUCAAUAUAUAUAGAGCGCUACCAAUCCUCUCAAACUCGUCUAGAGUAUGCAGCAUACAAGGAGAAGGGCAGCAGUCUCCGCGUUCUACAGGUGAAUAUACUUUUGCAUUAA